UUCCUCAACUUCUAGCCCGGCGAGUCCUUCGGUGGAAACAUCAGAUAACCCAGUGUGGUUUUGCUCUAAUACAAAUAAGCAAUACGGAUCCAAAUAGUACCCCAUAGGGACAGGGAUUUGGAGAUGGAAAUCACUUCCUGUGAAGGUUAGUAGCGUUUAGAGAAGACUUUGAAAUACAGCCAAUUACAAAGUGUAACAAGUCUAUAGGCCUAUCGGUCUUAGCAAGAGACAACAAAGGGUGUGUCACUUGCUUUGAUUAUCUCAACUUCUAUAUAAAAGAUGACAAAAAUAUAAGAUAGCCAGUGAGGAACGUAACUUCACUCUAACUAUAGUUAGAAUUAUCUCCUACUGACCUGCUAAUAGACUAUCUCACUGACCAUGAAUUGCUUGGUUUUCCUAGUUUUCCUUUGCCUGGUCCAGCUCUCCUAUUCCCAAAAUGGAGGAGCUAGUCUCCUUGCUUCGUACCUCAAGCAAGAACAGCAAGAAGCACUAGCUGUACAACAAGCUCGAGUCAAUCAAAUUCAACAGGCUCCUCAACAAGUUCCAGUACAACCUCAGCCAACACACAGGCCCCAGAAUUACCACCCCCCAGCCCCGGUACACUUUGUGAAGAUUGGGACCAAACUUGAAGGCGACUACGACUUCGGAUACGACACGGGCAUGGGUUCUGCAGGCCAGAGUUUCCGAAAGGAGAAACGCCUUCCAGAUGGCACUGUUGAGGGAGCCUACGGUUAUGUCGAUACCGAUGGCAAAAAAAGAAUUGUCAGAUAUAGAGCUGACAAACACGGUUUUAAGGCUUCUGGCGAUCUUGAUCCAGAGGGCGUUCCUAGGGGCACGGCCCCUGGUCCUCAACACAUCUCCCAACAGCAGGCAGCCCGUCACGCUGCCCCACAACCACAUUAUGGACCUCCGGCACAACAGCAGUAUGGUAGGCCUCCCCCGCAGUACUCUCCCCAGAAUCAAUACAGAGGUGCUCCCCCACAGCAAGCCCCAACUCAAUACAGGAGAGUCGAGAACAAUAACAGACCUGUUUUUGAUCCAUCGACUCUUUCUUAUAACAUCGGAAUACGACAAUCUUAGUUAGCUUUACUACUUGGUGUCCACGAGCUCUAAAACAAACUUUUCCUGUUUCGCAAAUAUUAAAGCGUGGUUCAUAUGCACAAGUGCUGGAAAUAUUAAAUUUAAAAAUUGUCACAUCCCUAGGUUAACGUCACAGGUUGAACUACAAACGUCGAUUUGUUGAAACUUUUCAAGCUGAAACUAUUUUGUUCUUGGCUGAAAAUAAUGCUCUUGAUACUUCAGUGUUUCAAACGUACCGAGAAUUCACCAGGAUUUUAUCGAUGAUUAGGUUUAAAGGGUUGCUUAUAAAUUGUUGAGAUAAGUAUCAGUUUGUCAUCCAUAUUGGUAAGUUUUAACAACUGUUGAGUAUUUUUUCAGGCAACACCUGACAAGACCAAAUUAUCAUAUGCUGUAAAAAAAAAAGCCAAGAAGUUCGAGCCUGGAAUCAAAGUUAGCUAUUUUAUCAAGCUUUCUGACCCUCUUUUUAAUUUCACUUGCUCAAGUUGGUAAUGUUAACUACGUCAACUCCACUCAGAAUUUUCAAGUAUCGUCCCCUAGC